AUGGGGUUAUACACUCAACUUCCUGAUGCCAUCCAAGAGGUGGAUGUAAUCAUUGCGGGAGGUGGUACUGCUGGCUGUAUAAUUGCGUCCAGACUUGCUGAUGCGGACCCGAAUUUGAGUGUCUUGGUCAUUGAAGGCGGACCAAACAACUACAAUGAGCCUCUUAUCGUGCACCCGGCCUUUUUCUUUAGCAACUUAGCACCUGGCACAAAAACUAUCGCAUUCAAAGUGGGCAAUAAGUCAGAGCAUCUCGCCAACCGAGAGCUUGUAGUCCCUACCGCCAACGUCCUUGGUGGGGGUUCUUCUGUGAACUUCUCACUAUACAGUCGAGCCCAGCGAACUGACCUCGAUGCCUGGCAAACGCCAGGAUGGUCUGCAGACGAACUGUUGCCGUACAUGAAAAAGAUUGAAACAUAUCAUGGCGCAGAUUCGAAAGGCCUACAUGGAACCGACGGUCCAAUCAUCGUUUCCAGUGGCUCGUAUCGUGCUACUCGAAUCGAAGAUGACUUUCUUAACGCACUCAAGACAGUAGGCUACCCUGAAGUUGAGGACAUGAAUGAUCUAGACAGCUGCAACGGUGCGCAGCGCGCUAUGCGUUACGUAGCCCCAGACGGAUUGAGACAAGACGUGGCCCAUUCAUACCUUCACCCCAGGCUUAGGGAUGGGAAGCAUCCAAACCUUCACGUUCUCGUCGAGUCUAAAGUAAUACGUCUUGUACUUGACAACAACCGCGCCGUCGGCGUCGUCUACAGGCCCAACUCCGCCUCGUCUGCCGCCGAAGAUCGAACUGUCAAAGCCAAGAAACAGGUCAUCCUCUCUGCUGGAGCGUUUGGAACUCCAGCCAUACUAGAAAGAUCCGGUGUUGGCAAUCCGGAAAUAUUAAAGAAGGCCGGUGUGCAACCCGUUGUGGAUCUCCCUGGUGUCGGCCACGGAUAUGAAGAUCACCAUAUUAUCGGAUACCCGUACCGGUCGAGCCUAAACCCGGACGAGUCUCACGAUUCGAUUAACGGAGGCCGCUUCAAUAUGGAUGACCCCGAGACCCGCAAACUUCUAGGUUGGAAUGCCGCGGAUAUCACUUGCAAGCUUCGACCGACGGAGAGCGACGUUGCCGCUUUAGGUCUCGAGUUCCAAAAGGUAUGGGAGAAGGAAUGGAAGCACAAUGCGAACAAGCCCAUGGCAGUCAUGGCAGCCUAUAACGCCUUCCCCGGAGUACCCAUCGGCCUCCCCAUCGCACAGUACUUCGGCCACAACAUAUUCUCUCCCUACCCCGCCUCCCGCGGCCACGUCCACAUCACCGGCCCGGAUCUAGACGACAAGCUAGACUUCGAGUCGGGCUUUUUCGCAGACGCAGGUGGCAACGACAUCAAGAAGUGCCGGUGGGCAUACAAAGUCCAGCGGGAGAUCGCGCGCCGCAGAACCGUAUACCGGGGAGAAGUACCCCGCGGACACCCCGCGUUCGCCGCCGACUCCAAAGCGGCCUGCAUCGAGACGGAGGAGCCGCUGCCAGCACCACUCGCCAACAUCGAGUACACGCCCGAAGACGACGCCGUCAUCGACCAGUUCUUACGUGAGAAUGUCCAGACGACGUGGCACUCGCUCGGCACGUGCAAGUUGGGCAAGCGCGAAAACUUGGGCGUUGUAGAUGCGGACCUGAAUGUGUAUGGUGUCGAGGCGCUGAAGAUCGCUGAUCUUAGUAUUAUGCCUCAUAAUAUUGGAGCGCAUGCUGCUAACAUGGCUAUGGUGAUCGGCGAGAAGACUGCGGACACCAUUGUUCGUGAGCUAGGACUUGCGCAUUGA